AUGUCUAAGAAGCCCAACGCAAUCAUCUUUGGCGGCCUGAACACCUGCUCGCGGACCCUCGCAAACCUCCUCGUCCCCGCAGACGGCAGCGAACGGCUCGUCGAGCACCUCCGGAUUGUGGACAAGUAUUCCGUUGCGCCUGCCACUACAUACCUCGGCUCUGUGUUCCCCGUCGUCCUCAAGCAGCCGGAUGUCGAGUACCGCCAGGCGAAUCUGACCGUAGCGGCGACGGUCGCGUCUUGUUUCGAGCCACCACAAGGGCAGGAUCCCUACGACUACGUGUUCGACUUCACCGGGGAGAUUCAGUGGGAUCGGUCGGAAGCAGUACAAAUCACGCACACGUUCAAGAUCGCACGGCUCGUUGGUCUCGAGGCUGCGCGGAGAAAGGUCAAGGCGUACGUCCGGAUACAGCACCCGUUCUACAACUGCAAGGAGAGCGGCUCGCACGAUGAGAAGGAGGAAGUGAAACCCGAGGGUGUCAUGGGAACGUGGUGGCACGAAACCCUUCGCGCUUUGGGUGCGAUUCCAGAUCUCAACCUUGUCAUUGUGCGGACAGCUAUCCCGUACGGCCCUUACGUCAACUAUGCCGCUGUAAUCCCGUUCAUUGCUGUGGCCGCAUGCUACGGAUACCUCAAACAGCCUAUGAAAGCAGUAAAUUCUCCCGGAAAGUACCCGUCACACACCGUGCAUGUCGAUGACAUCGCAGGCGCUAUGUGGGCAUGCGCGCAGUGGAUGGCCAAGAUCGGGCGGCAGGAAGCUGACUCGAUCGCCGGCGAAGAGAUUCCUUUCAAGAACGAGAAGAGCAAGGUCAGCGAGGUAGAGGGCAUGAUCCCACACAGCCAGAAAGUCAUUGCGCCCCUCUUCAACGUCGAGGAUGAUUCGAAGGUGUCACUCGUUGAGAUGGGUAACAUCAUCGCGUCGUAUUUCGGCACGACGUUCGACUUCCACAACUUUGUCACGAAUAUCGCAGCAAAGUUCCGGCUGGAGGACGUGAUCGAGGACAUCAACGAGGUGCACGUCACGACAUGGACGAAGAUGAUCACGACGUCGAACCCGCCCGUGCCGAACACGCAGUUCUCGUCGUACAUGGACGUGUACCACAUGCGCAAGCGCGUGAUCGCGUUCAGCGCGGACAAGCUCAAGAACGUCGUCGGCUACCAGCUCCAGCGGCCACAGUUCAACCACGAGUCCAUCGGCGACAUGGUCCAGAAACUCAAGGCCGAGCACAGCUGGCCAAACAACGACGCCCCCUGA